AUGACUGUGUCGGUGCUGCUGGCGGUCGCCACCUACAGCGACGCCCACGCGGCGCUGGAGUGGUCGUACCCGCCGUCGGACGGGCCAAAUGACGUCACCGACGCCUCCGCCUCGAACCUCUGGACCGACGAGCUGCGCGCGCGGCUCCCGAGCCUCGUGCGCCCACCCCCAGCGAUGGCAUCGUCGACGUACUUUUUUUGGGUACCGCCAACGUGGCACGGCGUCGCGUGCAGCCGCGUCAUCGCGGGUCGCAUCCAGGUCGUCGUGCUCUUGACCACUCGGCUCACCGAUUCGCUCAUCGCGUCGCUCGAAGCCACCGCCUUUUCAUUCUUUGAGCAGACUUGCACGGAUGACUAUACGUGCGUGAUCGAGCUCUACGACGCGCUGCAGGCGCUCGCGCCUUCGCUUGCCGAAGCCACGGCGUGGCCGCUCCGGGAGCUUGUGACGACACUGUCGUCGUCGUUGCUGCCGCUGCUUCGGCUCGUCUUGAUCGAAGGCCGCAUCGUCUUCUUCGCCACGUCGCCCGCGCGCGUCUCCAAAGCCAUUUUAGCGCUCCUCUCGCUCUUUCCAGGUGGCUACGCCAAUGCGCCUCCUAGUGAGGCGCCGACGGCGUAUCGCUGGACCAAGUUUGGGCUGCCUCUCGUCCUUGCCAAUGACGAUGAUGAUCCGUUUUACCUGCAGCCGUACCUUGGCUCGGCGCAUCUCGCAUCGGUGCUCUCGUCGCACGUUGGCGGGUGUCUCGUUGGCUCGUGCGAUCCCCUGGCGCUGCUUCUCUGCAGUACUACGGCUAUGGCCGACACGCCGCCGAUCGACGCGAUCGUGGAUCUCGACGCUGGGCGCGUACACUGGCACACGGAGCGCGGCGCCAUCGCGGCUGACGUUGGGCCUGACACGACAGCCCUUGGCGCCACCCUCGCGACCACGGUUGCCUCUUCGUCGUCGAGCGAGGCGUUGCCGCCGAUCGAGUACGUUGGCAGCGACGCGUGGGUCGUCGCCCAAGUCCAAACGCAGUUCUUCGAAGCGCUUCUUAAAGCCGUCGCGAACCCCAAGCCGCGCCGGUCGUCGUUCACGGACUUUGUGUGGCGCUCGUCGUUGACGCCGCUGGACGUCGAGCACCACGCCGACUGGCUCGAUGCGUGGUAUCAAACAUACAACUACACAAAGUGGCGCGAAACGCAGUCGCUCGAGACCGCCCCGCUGCCACCGGCGCCGGUCGCGGGGCACGGCCGGUAUACGUAUCACUCGGGUGAUACGUACGUCGGCGAGUUUCUCGACGGAAAGCGCCACGGCCGGGGCACGUACACCGUAGCUGCCACCGGGUACACGUACGUUGGCGACUGGGUUCACGAUCAGCGCCACGGCACCGGCGUCCUUACCACGCACCAGGGCACGUACACCGGGUCCUGGGCUCACGAUGCGCGCUGCGGGGACGGGCUCUUCCAAGACGGCGACCGCUUCGUCUACAAGGGACGGUGGAAGAGCAAUGCUUUUCACGGCCUCGGACACCUCGUCGACGCCAACCGGGGCUUUGUGUACGACGGCGAGUUUCUCAACGGUCGGCCGCACGGCGUUGGCAAGGCAAGUUACUCGUCGGACGCGGCGUUUGCAGCGUACAGCGGCGAGUGGGCCAUCGGGCGCUUUGAUGGCGUCGGCACGCUCCGGUACCGCGAUGGCAGUGUUUACGCCGGCUCGUUUGUUGGUGGCGAGCGCCACGGCCAAGGAAUCCACGCAGACGUGACCGCUGGCGACGGCUACGACGGCGACUGGCAACACGAUUUGCGACAAGGGUUUGGCAAAGCCACCUCUGGCGCCUCAAAAGAGUCGAGAGAAGGACUCUGGCGCGCCAAUAUGAUGGUGCAAGGCCACGGCCACGACUGGAUCCUUAUGUAUCCCAGCGGCGACAAGUACAGCGGCGAGCUCCAGCAAGGCCGCCCGUGGGGCAACGGAACGUGCCGGUACGCGAAUGGCUCCGUGUACACGGGCGACUGGGUCGACGGCCUCCGGCAAGGCCGCGGUAUCUUUGUCAACCACGACGGCGCCACGUUUCAUGGGCAAUGGCGCAAUGGCCAGCCGACGACCGGCGAUGCCCCGGUGUACGUCGAAAUCUCCUUGACCGAAGACGACGAGACGCAGGAUGACGCGCCGACGUCGGCAAUAACGACGAUCGAGUAUCCGAAUGGCGAUACGUACCUCGGUGGCCUGCGCAAAGGCAAGCGUCACGGCCGCGGCAAGUACAUUUCCAAAGCGUCACAGCACACGUACGACGGCAUGUGGGACAUGGACCGCCGCCACGGACACGGUGUCUUGACGAGCGGUGCCCACGACUUUGUCUACGACGGCGCUUGGGUGCACGACACUCGGAAUGGCCUCGGCAAGUGUAUCUUGCGCGGCGUCGAGACCUACACGGGGGCGUGGCGCACCAACGCCUUCCACGGGUCGGGCACGUACACCACCGCGGACGGCGCCGUGUACAGUGGUGAAUUCGAACACGGCUUGAAGCACGGAGUCGGGACGUUGACCAGCGCCGACGGCGCCAAGUACCAAGGCGAGUUUGCACUUGGGCAAAAGCACGGUGUCGGCACGCUCACGUAUGCCAAUGGCGACGUCUAUACGGGCAGCUUUGCUCACAACGUGCGCGACGGCGACGGGACGCUUGUGACAUCUGCCGACACGUUUGUCGGUACGUGGCGCGCUGACGUCAAGCACGGCCCCGGUGUCCUGUCGCGCGCCGACGGCACGACCAAGGACGGCGUCUGGCAGUGGGACGCGCCUGUCGAUGGACCGUGGACGAUCACGUUUCCGACGCGCAGUGUCUAUGACGGGGCGUGCGUCAACAUGCGCCCGCACGGCCAUGGCGUCUGCAAGUACGCCAACGGCGACGUCUACAGCGGCGCUUGGGUCCACGGGGUGCGCAGCGGCUGGGGUGUCUGCGUCUUUGGCAACGGCGACGUCUUUCAAGGCGAGUGGACGCAGAACCACGUGUCGCUCCAUGGCAAAGGCACGCUCACGCUCGCCAAUGGCACCGUGCAUGCAUACAACGGCACGACUUCACCGCGCUAA